GUCACUUCGUGGCUUGCGCAGAGAGAGAUACAAGGACUCUGAGAAACUUUGAGAUGUCUGCAGGUCACAUUGAAGAAAUCCGAGUAGUCCUUUUGGGUAAGACAGGUGCUGGCAAGAGCUCCCUUGCCAACACUUUACUGGGUCGUGAAGCCUUUGAAAUCAGCCGAGGCCUUUCCUCCGGAACUGAAUUUUGCCAAAAUGCUGACACAGAAAUUGAUGGCAAAAUUCUUCAGGUAACAGACACACCUGGCCUGUGUGACACCCACAGACCGGAGGAGGAAGUGCUGCGAGAAGUGGCUAAAAGCAUCGCCAUCACUGGUCCUGGGCCCCACGUGGUCCUCAUGGUCUUACGAUGUGAUCGUCGAUUUACCGAGGAAGAAUAUGAAGCUUUUUGUACCUUCAAACUCUUGUUUGGCUCAGAUGUCUGCAAGCAUUCCAUUGUCGUUUUUGUUGGUAUAGACGGACUCACUUCCAACCCAGCUGAGAGGCAGACGGUUCUCAAGGAAAUCCUAAAAAGUGCCCCGAAGAACCUUCAGCAGAUCCUCUCAGACUGUUCCCAAAGGAGUUUUGCCGUGGACAACAAAGCUUUGCUCGAGGACAGAAAUAAUCAAGCCCGGGAACUCUGGGAUAUUAUCAGUUCUCUGGUAAAGAGUAAGAAUGGAACAUUCUUCAAACAUCAUCUCUGCGAAGAAGUAAACAAAAUUUUUGAAGAUGCAGUUCAAAAGCGAAUGAGCGAACACAGCACGACAAGACUGGAAGCGAUCAGGGAGACAAGAAAUUUGAUUUCACAAGGCGAAGUGGACCGCAGUCUCAUCGACUCUUUUAUCAGCAAAGUUAAAAGCUUCUUCAAAGAUCCGAGCAAAAAGUGGAAGUCCUGCUCACUUAUGUAAUUCUGCAUGCCCUUCAUUCGUCUUUUUCUCACCAUGAUAUGCCAUCGCUAUUGGCGAGGUGUACACCAAUAACAAGCAAAGAAAUUCCCUUUUUAAUGUAUUAUCUCUAUCACAGUCUUUAUUUCUUCUUCCUUGUGGACUAUGUUUUCUUUGCAAGCAUCACUGAAUAAAGGUGUCUAAAUGUGAUUUGUAGGACGUUUUAUUUAGUAAUAUUAGUAAUAUAGUAAUAUUUAGUAAUAUUUCAGUCAUGGGAAUCCUAAGGUAAGGAGAGCCCAGGGAUAUGCAAAUAAGUCUAUUAUUUUAUAUACAUGUCAACACAAGAUAUGUGUAACA